GGAUCGGCAAUGAAAAACCAUACAGCACCCUUAGAAUUCAUUCUACUAGGGCUGUCAGAUGACCCAGAACUUCAGAUCAUGAUUUUUCUCUUUUUAAUUAUCACAUACAUAUUAAGCAUUGCUGGAAAUGUGACCAUCAUCACUCUCACUUUAGUGGACUCCCAUCUGCAAACACCUAUGUAUUUCUUCCUCAGGAACUUCUCUGUAUUAGAAAUAACAUUUACAACUGUGAGUAUUCCUAGAUUUCUAAGCGCAAUUGUUACCAGAGACAAAACUAUUUCCUACAAUAGUUGCACAGCACAGUUGUUUUUCUUCAUUUUCAUGGGCAUCACUGAAUUUUACCUUCUGACUGCUAUGUCCUAUGAUCGCUAUGUAGCCAUAUGCAAACCUCUGCAUUAUACAACAAUCAUGAACAAGAAAGCUUGCAUAUUGCUUGUUUUUUGUGCUUGGCUGGCAGGAUUCCUAAACAUCUUUCCACCAGUUAUUCUUUUUCUCCACUUAGAUUACUGUGGCUCCAAUGUCAUUGAUCACUUUGCCUGUGACUAUUUUCCCUUAUUGCAAUUAUCCUGUUCAGACACAUGGCUUCUGGAAGUGAUUGGCUUUUACUCUGCUAUAGUGAUUCUGCUUUUCACUUUGGCAUUAAUAAUUCUAUCCUACAUGUUCAUUGUUAGAUCAAUUUUGAAACUCCCUUCUGCCAGUCAAAGAAAAAAGGCAUUUUCUACAUGCUCCUCUCACAUGAUUGUCAUUUCUAUUUCAUAUGGAAGCUGUAUAUUCAUGUAUGCUAAUCCCUCUGCAAAAGAAAAAGCAUCUUUGACCAAAGGUGUAGCUAUCCUUAAUACUUCAGUUGCUCCAAUGAUGAAUCCAUUUAUAUACACCCUGAGGAACCAACAAGUAAAACAAGCUCUUAAGGAUACCAUUCAAAAGGUUGCACUUUUCUCUGGUAAAUGA